UUUCUGAUUCUUCCGCUGAUAUUUAACCAGCUUAUCUCCAGUUUACUCCUCCUUCCUGCUUUCUCGAUCUCGAAAUCAAUUCCAAGAAAUCCAGAGGGUAAUUCAUUAAAAGCCCUAAUCUUUUUUUUUUUUUUUUCCUUUUUUUUGGGGGGGAGAUAAGUAUGGGGGAAGAAGUGAAGAUGAAUGAAUACGAAAGCAACGGUGGUGAUGAUGUCGGGGAGGAAGAGAGAGUUUUGGAGUGGGAGAUGGGGUUACCCAGCGCCGAUGACCUUACUCCCUUAUCCCAGCUAUUGAUCCCUCCGGAACUUGCAUCGGCGUUUAGUAUUUCUCCGGAGCCCCGCCGUUCUGUCCUUGAUGUCACACGCGAGUCACGAAAUACUCUCAGCUCUAUCCGUACCGUUGGGACCCACUCCUCUACCAACAACGGCAAUAAUAAUUUCCGGUCUUUUGCGGACCCGAUGGUGUUGGAACCCGACGGGGACGGGUCGGGGUCUGGAUCCGGAUCGGAUGCUAGGAAGAUGCGGAAAGUGACGGUGCCGGCCGGCGAUUGUGCGGAGGAAGCGGAUUCUGCGGUUAGAAUGGAGAAUUCGGAUGAUCCAUCGGCGAGAACGUUGAAACGGCCGCGGUUGGUGUGGACGCCUCAAUUGCACAAGAGGUUCGUGGAUGUGGUGGCGCAUUUGGGGAUCAACAACGCCGUCCCGAAGACAAUUAUGCAGUUGAUGAACGUAGAAGGACUGACUCGAGAGAACGUGGCCAGUCAUUUGCAGAAAUACAGGCUGUACUUGAAAAGGAUGCAAGGGUUGUCGAGCGAGGGACCGUCGUCUUCCGAUCAAUUAUUCCACUCGGGCAUGCACGAGAGCGGUGGCGGAGGGAACACAAACGGCCAUGUGGGGAUGCCAAUACACAUGCCAUACGGCGCACCGAUGAUGCCUGUGCCGGCGCCAGUUUACAGCCAUAUGGGUAUGCAGCAAGGUGGAUACAAUAAUCAUAAUCAACAACCACCCAAUGGAUUUGACAUGAAUCCGUAUGGGAUAGUGCAGCAGAGAGACUGGUCGGGGAAUAAGUUUGGGUCUGUGGUGUCGUAUCCGCAACAUGCUGCCCCUAAUGAUAAGCUAAAUUAGCUGAAUUUGUAGGGAGAAAUUUUGAGCAACUAUACAAGUAAUUAUUGGGAUUGGCUGGGUUCACGUUGACAUGGGAGCACAGAAUGGUUUCUCAUGAAGUAUGUGUAGAUAUUUCAGUGGAGUAUUUAGAUAUGGAUCCUACAUAAAUGAAAUCAGGCAAGCUUCUGAUGGUUAGCUUUCUUGACUCACCUGAUGAAAGCAGCAUAUAAACUUGUAAUCUACCUACGAUCAUUGUCUAAUGGCAGCAAGAAGUACCCACAGCAUUUACUCCUGGUCUACCUAUAUUGGAUAAUGCCACAAAAGGACAUUCUUUACUUGUUAUAUUUAAUUGAUAGAUGCCAUUAACUUGUGUAUUACUUAUCAUUGAAUAUUUGGACCCUUGAUUGUGCCAACGAAGCUAAUAAAAUAGUAGACUUUAAAUAAAGUUGUCUGAGUUGUAGUUCGUGAAGUUAUUAAUGACGAGAUUCUUAGUCUUUGUUAUCUCCUAGUUUGUUUGGGUCCUGGGAAUUCCGAUGUUGCUGAAACCUGUUUUUUUAUAUGGUCACUAUGACCAUCCGUAUCCUUUCUUUCCAAAAAUUUUAUUAGACUGUCUUGGAUGGGAUGGAUAUCACUGUCCUGAGCUCAGCAUUGUAUUUUUAUUUGCCGUCAAGAUUGAUGCCUGCGCUAAUGAAAAGGAAAGGAAUCU